AUGGUUAUUCACCUCAUGGCACCUGCCAAAAAAAAUGAUAAUGGGUUUUCAGCUCCAUGUCAAAAAUGUGGAUACAAGCGAGACUUCAUUGGUGGAGUUAUCAAAACCUGUCUCGAUUGUUUCCUUGACGGUCACUCACUUUACGUUUAUGAAUAUGGAUUCUCCAAGCCAGCCGAUGAAGUUAUUAAGGAAGCCACUGAUUUCCUGGAAGGGAAUUUAAGCUUUGGCCCGUAUAACUUGUUAACAAACAAUUGCGGGCACUUUGCUACGUACUGCAAAACAGGCUCGAAAAAAAGUGAACAGGUCGAGGACGCUGUUGAAAAAGUAGAUGAUUUUAUGGAUGAUCUGUUUGAAGGUCUCAUUCGUAUAGCUGCAGGCAUGGCUGCUGUGGGAGGCGCUGUGGGAGGAGUUGCUGUUGCGGGAGCUUAUUGUCUCGACGCCCAGAGACGCCGAUAA